AGCUCCAGCACUCUUUGCAGGAUGAGCAGUAAGAUCACUUUUUACGAGGACAGAAACUACCAGGGCCGCUCGCAUGAGUGCGACGCCGACUGCCCCGACAUGCACCCCCACUUCAGCCGCUGCAACUCCAUCAAGGUGGAGAGCGGCUGCUGGGUGCUGUACGAGAAGCCCAACUACAGCGGCUACCAGUACGUCCUGACCCGGGGGGAGUACCCGGACUACCAGCGCUGGAUGGGCUACAAUGACACCAUCCGCUCCUGCCGGACCUUCUCCUAUGCCAGCGAGGGGCCGUACCGCCUGCGCAUCUACGAGCGGCCCAACUUCCAGGGCCAGAUGGUGGAGUUCAGCGACGACUGUGAUUCGGUGCAGGAACACUUCCGCAGCCGCGACGUCUACUCCUGCAACGUGGUGGAGGGCUACUGGACCCUCUACGAGCACCCCAACUACCGCGGCCGGCAGUACUUCGUGAGGCCCGGGGAGUACCGCAAGUUCAGCGACUGGGGGGCCACCUGCGCCACCACCGGGUCCUUCCGCAGGGUCACUGGGUUUUAA